UCCCUCCCCCCUCACGCACAUCAGAGCAGCAGCGCCCAGUUUAUAGGAACUUCACCCGGGUUCAAAAGAAGGCAACAACUCGGUCAGCACUGAGGCAUCACCUCCUGUGAAGGACAUCAGGGUCAGAGAAAGAGUUUUUGGGGGAAGACGCGUGCCAAGUACAAUUAUUCCUUUUCUGCUAUAAAAGCCGCGGUGUGUCUCCGAUCAGAGUGAAAAGAGAAAGCAGAGGAACAGGAGCUUUCUCCUUCUCUCUCUCUCUCAGUCCUCCAAGGCACAUCUUCAGGAGGACACUGACUCUGGGACAUUUGCUCUUUUUUUCUUUUGCGCCUCUGCUCCGUGAUGAAGUUGCUGCUCUCAGUAGUGGUGCUUUUUCUUGCACUAAAUGAAGUAUUUGCGGAGGAAAUUGGUCCAAAUGAAGACCAGGAUUACUGGACGAACCGCUCCCUCAUGCAGGAUGAAUGGCUUCAAGCCGAUCCCUUCAGAGAGAUACUGAGACGGAUAACAAGAAAACCUCGGCCACAUCAGUUCAUCGGUCUAAUGGGCAAGCGUUCCUCCGCUAACACACAGAUUACACGAAAAAGGCAUAAAAUUAACUCCUUUGUGGGUCUGAUGGGUAAAAGAAGCCAAGAGGAACCUGAUUCAUAUGACUGGAGCUUGCUACACAGCUACGAUGAAAGGCGCUGACCGACAGCCUGACCUCCAUCACGUCUGCUUCAGACACCGCUCAUCUUUUUUUUUCUUCCUCCCCCAAAAAACUGGGUGGUUUCACUUCUAGACUCCAAUAAAACGUUCCGUUUUCCACCGUGUGGUGAUGUAGCAGUACCUGUGCCAAUUUGUGUACUAAGAAUGGAAGGGACAUUUUGAUAAUACUGUCCAACCUGUAAUAUUGUGUUACUGUCCAAGUCUUUAAAAAAAAACAAAAAAAAAACACUAGUGGACUAUUUGCACUGCCAAUCUUUGUAUAGUGCCUCACGAUGUUUGAUCACGAUCUGACUGUGCUGUAGAUACUGGUCAUGUACGUCCUUCUCAGCAUUCCCUGUCCAUCAUUGUAGCUGUGGCUUAAUGUUCUAUUAAAUAUUAAAAUUAUUUUCCUUAUUGGUGGAA